AUGUGGCAAGGCGAGGUCCUUGAUGUCCUUUUUCAACAAGGGCUAGAUAUUGCCAUAGAAGAAAAGAAACUAGAUAGUGUAGGAGAAGAAGAUUGGAAGACUAUCAACUGUGUUGCUUGCGGUACCAUUCGAUCUUACCUUGCAAGAGAGCAAAAGUAUCCAUACACAAAAGAAACAUCUGCAAAUAAAUUGUGGAAUUCAUUGGAGGGGAAAUUCUUAAAGAAAAACAGUCAAAAUAAACUUUACAUGAAAAGAAGACUGUUACGCUUCACUUAUAUUCCUGGUAGCACAAUGAAUGAUCAUAUCACCAGCUUUAAUAAGUUGGCAACAUAUUUGCGGAAUAUGGACGUGACUUUUAUGGAUGGAGAUAUGGCCUUAAUGUUGUUAAGUUCACUUUCCGAUGAGUUCGAGCAUCUUGAAACUACUCUACUGCAUGGGAAUGAUGAAGUAUCUCUCAAAGAAAACGUGAGAUCCAAGUCAAGAUCCAGACUUAGCAAAGAUGAAUGUGCCUUUUGUCGAGAAAAAGGGCACUGGAAGAAAGACUGGCCAAAGUUGAAAAGCAAGGCCAAACCAAAUAAUGGGAAGGCUGCCAUGGAUUCAAAUGUGGCUGAUUGUGAUGACUCAGAUUACUCACUAGUUACAAUAGAUCCAUCCAAAUCAUCUGAUGUAUGGUUGAUGGACUCAACUUGUAGCUAUCAUAUCUGUCCCAAUCGGGACUAG